AUGAGCAACAAAAAUCGAGAAAAUCUUACUAAUCGUCGUGGUUUUGAAAGAGAUGAAACACGAAAUAUUAAUACAUCUUCAAGAUCACAACCACUCGAUGAUUCAACUGUAAUUCGUCGAACAUUAGUCGAACGUGGUUUAAGAGAAGUAGGUGAUAAUAAUACAGGAAAUACUCCAUCAUCAACUGCUGCUGCUAUAACAGCUAUAGCUAAACAACAUGAUGAUGAAAAACGUGAAUUACAAGAUUUAAAUGCUAAAUUUGCUGUGUAUUUGGAUCGUGUUCAAUAUUUAGAAGAUUUUAAUCAACGAUUAUCAGCUGAAUUACAAAAUUUAAAAGAAGCAUGGGGUGGAGAUAUGAGUCAAUUACAAGCUGCUUAUGGUCCACAAUUACAAGCACUUCGUGGUGAACUUGAUAAUGCUAUACGUGAUCAAGCUCUUCAAGAACUUCAAUUAAAACGACAUGAUUUUGAUAUAUGGCAUUUACAACAACAAAUAGCAUCAAUUGAUGGUAGUUAUGAUACAUAUAAAUUAAAUAUACUUAAACAAGAAUUAGAAGCAUCAUAUAUUGGUUUUGAACAAUUAAAAAAUUUAUAUAAUAAAACUUUUCUUGAUUUAGAAAAUCUUAAAAAUCUUAUGAAUAGUUUACUUAAAGAUGUUGAUGGUUUAAAAAAUGAAUUAGAUAAUGAACAAUUAGAACGUCUUAUGAUUGAAAAUGAAUUACAAACAUUACAAGAACAUCUUGCUUUUCAAAGUGCUCUUUAUCAAGUACAACGAGAAGAAUUACUUUCUCUUAAUACACCUAUACAUGAUGUAUCAGCAUUUUAUCGUACAGAAUUAGCUUAUGCUAUAUCUGAUAUACGACGAGAUUUUGAAGUACUUUUUCAAACACAAACAAAUGAAUUAGAAGAAUAUUAUCGAAUUAAAACUGAACAAGUACGUGAAGAAAUUGAAGCUGAAAAUGAACGUAAACGUUUAUUAGCAAGUGAAGGUACUAUUGAAUUAAUGGAUACAGUACAUUUAACAACAUCAUUACGUGAUGGUCAAAAUGAAUUAUUAGAAUUAAGACAACAAAAUAAUAAUUUACAAACACAUUUAGAUGCUAUUAUUGAUGAUUUUGAAAAAAUUCAAAAUGAACAUUUACGUGAAAAAGAUUCAUAUGAAAGAGACCUAUUAUUAAUACGAGAACAAAUUGAUGAUAAACAAAAUAUUGUUGAUACUAUUUUACAAAAUAAUGUAUCACUUCGUUUUGAAUUAUCAACAUAUAGAGGUUUAUUAGCUGCUGAAGAACAACAUUUAAAUCGAAUAGAACAAGAACCACAAACACAUAAUUUAUCAUUAUCAUCAGGUUUAUUAUCAACUGUACCAUCAUCAUUAUUUCAAAAUCCUGAUGGAAAUCGUAAAAAUUUAGAAACAAAAAAAAUGGCCGUACAAAAAACAGCACGAGGUCCAAUAUCAUUCGAUUCUGUUGAUUUAGAAACUGAUUCAGUUGUAUUAGUUAAUGAAAAAUAUAGUGGUAAUGAUCAAUCAUUUCAAAAUUGGACAAUUCGUCGUAAAAUAGAUCAACAACCUGAAAUUGUUUAUCAAUUUCCUACAACAUUUUCUUUACGACCAAGACAAACAAUUCGUAUUUUAUCAAAACGUAGUCCACAAUUAGCAAGUUCACGUGAUGAUAAUUUAGUUGCUGAUAGAAUUGAUACAUGGGGUAUAGGUCAACAUAUGGUCACACGUUUAAUUGAUAAUAAUAAUGAAGAAAAAGCAAUUAUAACACAAACAUUUCAAUAA